CGCAGCUUGAGCCCAUCCCCCCAUCCUUCACUGUAGCGUUCACUAUUCCUUGUUCUCCGGACAAUCGAGCCACUGCCCUCUCUAUGACGGCGACUCCCGGCAUGAAGUUCAUCCUUCACUCAUUGCCAGACACAUCCAGUAUACCCGUGGACGAUUCUGGACGAGCGCCUCAAUGUGCGCAUUGUGGGUGGAGGGGAGAACACGGUCCAAAAUGUCCUUUCGCAUGAUGAACUGGCGCUGCUUGGGGGUGAUCUCCAAGGAGCACAUCCCAUUUCUUCUCCGAGAUCAUCCUACCAUCACCUGUCCAAUCUUCCGUUCGCAGGCGCAUCCUUCCCUACAAGGCGGAGGCCUCGAAAUCACCCGCAACGGCAGAUUCUGUAUAACAUCAUAUCUUGUUUUGUAACCAUGUCCUAUCUUGUCGAUGAUGCCUCAUCUGCCUUCUGUGAAAAUGAG